AUGAUGUUGUGCUCUCCUAGUUGUAUCGACUAUUUGACUAGUCUUCCUGAGAGUUCAGGUCUUUGGAGCGCUUGCCAUAGCGGUUGGUCAGUUCAUACGACUAUUGGAUGUACUCGGAGAUAUGGUUUCAGCUUCUUCGUUGUCUUUAUCAGGGCUAUCGCCAUCUUUUUGAUUUCUGGAUAUACCUGCGUUUCUCGUCCUUCAAGGUUCGGCUUAAGUAGCACACUAGGAGUUGUUGGCCUUCCUCCUCUCUUACUAGAACCGUUGCUAUGGUGUCUUUGUACACUGAAACAUAUACGAACAAGAUUUCCGCCUCUACAGGCCUGCUCAGCAAUGGCGGUUUUAGUAGUGGUAGCAGCAGUACAAGAUUUUUUUAAAACGGGUUGUCUCUUGAAGGGUUUUAACCACACACUCAUUACUUUAAUUCCAAAGAUAGCUAUUCCCCAACGAGCUUCUGAUUUACGGCCUAUAAGUUUAUGUUCGAUAUUCACAAAGAUUAUCUCUAAGAUCAUUACCCUUCGAUUACAAAAAAUCCUGCCUACCAUUCUUCCUAAUUCGCAGAAUGCAUUUGUUAAAGGUCGAUCUAUUGCGGAUAAUAUUCUAGUUGUUCAUGAACUUUUUCACUUCAUGCAUCAUCAAAAAACUAGAAAUAGGCCUUUUAUGGCUAUGAAAUUGGACAUUAGUAAGGCGUAUGAUCGACUGGAGUGGGAUUACUUAUUUUCGAUACUAACUUGUUGGGGUUUUGAUACAGUUUUUAUUCAAUGGAUUAGGGCUUGUGUUUCAACAGUGACUUAUUCAUUUCAGCUGAAUGGUUCUAUUUAUGGGUAUCUUAAACCAUCGAGAGGACUUAGGCAAGGUGAUCCGUUAUCGCCUUUACUGUUUGUAUUGUGUGCUCAGGGCCUCUCUUUUCUGCUUGACAAGGCUGUUCAUAAUGGUUUGAUUCAGGGAUUGCGAAUUAACAGCAUCUGCCCAUCAAUAUCCCAUCUAUUUUUUGCGGAUGAUGCUAUUUUGUUCACUCCUGCAAAUACUUCGUCAGCUCAGGUUAUUUUGCAGAUUCUUAAUGAUUAUGCUAAUGCUAGUGGACAAUUGAUCAACUACGAUAAGUCAUCUAUCCGUUUCAGUCAUAAUGUUCCUAUUUUGCUUUCCACUACAAUUCAUUCUAUUCUGCAUAUGGUAACUAUGGAUCUUUCAAAGCCGUAUUUAGGACUAUGUCCUGUUAUUCAAAAUUCUAAAACAGUUACCUUCGCUUCUAUUCUCAAUAAAAUAAAAUCUAAGAUUGCAGGCUGGAAAGAACAAUUCUUAUCAAUGAGUGGGAAGGAAAUUCUCUUAAAGGCUGUCGUUUAUGCAAUACCCAUAUAUUCUAUGAUGUGUUUUAAGUUGCCGAUAUCCCUUUGUAAACAAAUCAAUAGAUUAGUUGCUAAUUUUUGGUGGGGAAUGACUACUCAAGGACCGAAACUGCAUUGGUUGGCCUGGGAGAAAUUGUGUAUUAGCAAAUGGCGAGGAGGUUUGGGUUUUAAGAAUUUAAUAUUGUUCAAUCAAUCUCUUUUAGCAAAACAACUUUGGCGGGUUAUGCAGGCGCCUAAUUCUCUGGUGUACAAGCUCUUGCAGGGGCGGUAUUUUCCUCAUAAACACAUUCUACAGGCUACUUUGGGACACAAUCCUUCUUGGGGUUGGCGUAGUUUGAUUUUUGGAUUCAAACUACUUAAACCUGGUCUUAUUUGGCAGAUCCAUUCAGGUAGUAAUUUACAUCCUUUAUCUAACCCAUGGGUCCCAGACAUUCCUGAUUCAAUUCCUGUUUUACAACCGGGGGUGUCUGCUGCAGCUGUUCCAACAACAAUUUCUGGUUUACUUUCUCAUAAUUCCUCUACUUGGAAUGCUUCUUUAAUUCAAUCCUUGUUUAUUCCAACGCAUGCUACAAUCAUUUUAUCAUUACCUCUCUCUUACACUGUACAACCAGAACGUUUGAUUUGGCAAUAUCACUUAUCUGGUAAUUAUAGCUCCAAGUCAGGUUACUUUCAAGCAACAAAAUCACAACAUUCAUCUACUUCUCCGUUGGAUACGGACUACUCCAAAUCUGAUUGGCAAAAUCUAUGGUUACUCAAGGUAUAUCCUCGCAUCAAAUUCUUUUUAUGGCGUGCCAUUCAUGAUGUUUUACCCACUGGAGUUAAUAUUUCUAUUCGUAGUUCUGGUUCAUUAUUGUGUGUACAUUGUGGAGAAAUGGAAUCAACUGCUCAUCUUCUAUUUACUUGUCCGUUUGUGCAACGUAUUUGGUUUUUAUCUCCUUUAGGACUGCAGGCUAGUUGUUUGCCUUCUCUCCCUUUUCAGUUGUUGUGGAAAUAUAUUACAAAGCAGUUGAUACAUCUUGAUCCAACUAAAGAUCUUCUGAGUUUAUGUUGUUUUCUUUGUUGGUUCAUUUGGAAAUUUAGAAAUAAAAAGCUGUUUGAGAAUGAGGAUGGUUCAGAGAUACAAGUUACUAAUGCUGCUACAUCAGCCUUUCAUGAAUUCAAGGAUAUUAAUCAAUCUGCUUCUCCUGCUUCGGUGCAACUUCAGUCUCCAGAAUUGCAACUAAGUUGGUCUCCACCUCCACUUGGUUAUAUCAAAAUUAAUUAUGAUGCAGCAACGUCGAAGGAUCAUCAUUGUGGAUUUAUAGCUGCUUUAGCUCGCACUUCGACGUGUACAGUGAUUUCUCCUUUUAAUGCCUAUUUUCGCCAUAUUUGGGAUCCGGGAAUACUGGAAUUUUUAGCAUUAAGGGAGGCGAUGAAUUGGGCAGUUUCAUGUCGGUGGUCUCAUGUGAUUUUUGAGGGUGACGCUCUGCAGGUAUCACAAGUGAUUAAUUCAUUCUCCGUAGUGAAUUACAAAACAUCGGGUAUCUGUCAUGAUGUUUGGCGUCUCCGAUCUAUGUUCUCAGAUUGUAGGUUUCAGCAUAUAGGUAGAUGUUGUAAUGUUAAGGCUCAUGACUUAGCCAAAUCUGUAAAAAUCCUAUAUCUGGCACAUUUGUAA